AUGCCGGAUCGCGACUCUCCUUCAAUUGUCCCAAAACUUCCUUCAGAACUCAUUGAUGACAUUGUAGACCGAGCUCUUACUGUCCUGGAUGACCAAUCGCUGUCCUCCAUGGCCCUGACCACUCAGCAUUUUCGGGUUAAAGUCAAUCAGAAGCGAUUCUCGGCCGUCAUUCUGGACUCAAUCUUCGGUCGCAAUUGUAGCGAUCUGUCUAAUCGUCUAAAUUGCUUCGCCAUUCUCGUUGACGGACAGCGACGCCUAACUCCUCGAAUGAUUAACGUGGCGUCGUUUGUUAAUUCUUUUGAAUUUAGCAUGGUUCCUCAAGAAGGCGAAAAUCCUCCAUUCAUUGAUGCAGCAAUGACAGUGCUCUGUAACAACCUGUUCCGGGAAACACCAGGCUAUCGACCUCGCACUGACGAGUUUACAUUCAAAUUUGAACCAUGGAAUCAUUCAUACUCUGACAAACACUACCACUGGGAAACAUUCCGUAUGGCUAUGAGACAUGCAUUCGUGGAUCUCGUCCGCAGGUCUAAGCUCACAUCACUACAAAUUGCCGCAAUAUGUUCCAUGCCUGUGGGAGCUCUACAAGGAUCGAAGAUCAAACAUCUCCACCUCCGCCAGGUGUCCAUCAAUCCCUCACUUGAUCUUUCGUCACCAUUACUAAGUCCAGUCAUUCUCGAGUCGCUCUUCCUGGAUGGGUUGGUAUCCUAUAGAACAUUAUGUGGGCUCUUCUGUGGGCGUUACGAUUCAGCUUCUAACCUGUUCACACGCUUAACAAAUCUGAAAGUAACACUACGUGCUAUUGAUGACGUCGAUACCGCGAACCAAAUUUUGACCAAUGCUACAUCCCUGGACACUCUUGUUUUUACACGUACUGUAGAGGAGGCUCAAGAAGGUCGAAUGGUCCACUACGGCCAUCUUCAGCGCUUGAGAAGGCUUUGCAUAUUUCCGACUUCCGUCAAUUGCUUCCCUAUGGAUAGGUUACUCGGGGACGAGGUCCCUGAGAGCCUUCUAGAAAUCCAAGUGCUCUUUUCGUACUACCUCACUAGCGCGGAGGUGCACGACAACAUGUUUCCUCUCAUUGACUUCUCCUACGUCGACACCCAUCUUUCUCAUCGACGUUACGGGUCGAUAAGACGUUUUGUAAUCACUCUGCAUACCGUUCUCGGGACAGGAUUCAACCUUACUGGACUCGAUUUAGCGACCUUCGGGGGAAUAUGUCGUGACUCAGUCAGAGACUCGCUUCCUCGCCUUUGUCGGGCAUUCUCCGAGUCUUUAAACAUACGCAUCGACUUCAUACCAUCCUCAUCGGUUUCUUAA